AUGUCCAGUAAACUGCCCUUAAGCCUUAGCAUGGAAGCUGAGAAAGGUCUAGUUGUCACAGUGUCUACUGCAAGUGAAUCCACAAGCUGCAAUAAUCCUAGUCAUAAUCAGGGUGCAGAUGCUUCUUUACAUCCUAUUCAAAAUCAAAGAAGUCUCGUGGGAAAUGUAUGUUCUGAAUGUGGGAAAUGUUUUCUUACAAAAUCACAUCUUUAUAAACAUCUAAAAAUUCAUAAAGAAGAAAAGCCAUUGUCCUGUCCUAUAUGUGGGAAAUAUUUUAAACAUAAAAAAACUCUUGUUGCUCAUCAGAAAAUUCAUACAGGAGAAAAAAGAUUUUUAUGUUCUGACUGUGGGAAAUGUUUUACUCAGAAAUCAGAUCUUAUUGAUCAUCGGAAAAUUCACACAGGAGAGAAAGCAUUUUCAUGUUCUGACUGUGGGAAAUGUUUUUCUCAGAAAUCAGAUCUUAUUAGGCAUCAAAAAAUUCAUACAGGGGAGAAAGAAUUUUCAUGUUCUGACUGUGGGAAAUGUUUUACUCAGAAAUCACAUCUUAUUGAUCAUCAGAAAAUUCACACAGGAGAGAAAGCAUUUUCAUGUUCUGACUGUGGGAAAUGUUUUGCUCAGAAAUCAAAUCUUAUUACGCAUCAAAAAAUUCAUACAGGAGAAAAAGGAUUUUUAUGUUCUGACUGUGGGAAAUGUUUUACUCAGAAAUCAGAUCUUAUUAGGCAUCAAAAAGUUCAUACAGGGGAGAAAGAAUUUUCAUGUUCUGACUGUGGGAAAUGUUUUACUUGGAAAUCAGAUCUUAUUAGGCAUCAAAAAAUUCAUACAGGGGAGAAAGCAUUUUCAUGUUCUGACUGUGGGAAAUGUUUUACUCAGAAAUCACAACUUAUUAGGCAUCACAAAACUCAUAUUAAAAUAAAUCGGAAUUUAACCACAUAAGUGCCGAGGGUGAAACGUAGUUGUCACCCACACAAUACCAAGUGCUGAUGAUGACUGCAUGUGACCCCCUGGGGUGUGCAGUUUUGGAGCUGUUUGAGGUCCCUUCUGCACCUCAGGCAUUUAUGAGGUGACCCCCAGGUUGGAUUUGAAUUAAAUCACUAGUCAUUAAUAGCAAUUUAAAUAAUGGUUUUCAGUUUUAGAAUAAUAACUUUCUAAUGACACAAUGAGUCCAUGGAUCAUCUAAUUACUA